AACACUCUUCAUAUAUGGUUUUGAGAUUCAGAUCCCCAUUUCGUUCGUCUUCAAUCUGUCAAAGCCCAUCUUCGAAAGUUAAUGUUUUAUUUUUGUUAGCUCACUUACACAACUUCACAUCUUCAAGCUCCAAAAAUGAAGUUUCGUAUUCUUUCAAAAAACCCCUUGAACGAUCCUCGCUUGCUAAAUUCCUCGAAGAAAAUUGUCCAUCAGGUAGCUUUACUCUGAAUGAAGCAUUGUACUUUUUUUAUUACAUGAUUAAUUCGAAACCCCUUUAUCCAAUUUCAUCAUUCACUACUUUGUUUAGUGCACUAGCUAAGAAGAAGCAUUAUUAUGAAGUGAUUUCGCUAUAUAAGCUGUUGAAUUCAACUGGGUUGUCUCCAGAUUUCAUAUCUUUGCAUAUUUUGAUGAAUUGCUUGUGUAAUAUUGAAAGGGUUUUGGAUAGUUUUACGGUUUUGGGGGGGAUUUUGAAGAAGGGUUUUAGCCCAAAUGCCAUGACUUUUAAUUAUUUGAUUAAAGGUCUGUGUAUAGAGAGAAAGAUUAUGGAAUCAAUGGAAUUGUUUAAGAAAAUGAUUGAUGUUGGUUGUAGGGCUAAUGUGGUCACUUACAACACUCUGAUUGGUGGGCUGUGUAAAACAGAGAAAAUAAGUGUUGCCAUUAAGUUGCUUGAAGAGAUGGUUAAUGGGAAUAAAGAAUCUGGUGUUAUUUGUAGGCCAAAUGUUGUUACUUAUAGUAUUAUAAUUGAUGGUCUUUGCAAGGCUGGAUUGGUUGAAAAGGCUAGACAAUUAUUUUUGGAACAUAUGAUUCAGAGAGGUGUGGUUCCUAACAUUUAUACCUACAACAUUUUAAUGAACGGUUAUUGCUUGGCAGAUAGAAUUGGUGAUGCAAAUGAGUUGUUUGAUUCUAUAACUAGAAAGGGGUAUAGGCCUGAUGUUGUUUGCUACAAUACUUUAAUCAAUUGGUAUUGCAAGAAUAAAGAAGUCAAUGAAGCUCUUAGUCUUUAUCGAGAGAUGAUUUCAGAAGGAAUUAAACCUGAUGUGAUUACAUAUAGCACCUUGUUAACUGGCUUUUUUCUUAUAGCUAAGGUGAAAAAUGCACGGAAUUUAGUUGGUGAGAUGCGACUUAACGAUGUUUUCCCUAAUUCCUGGAUAUAUAGCAUUUUCAUUGAUGGACUUUGCAAGAACGGAUGUGUUUUGGAAGCAUUGGAAAUGUUUAAUACUCUAGUAAUUAAUAAGUUUGCAGUUGGCAUUGAAGGUUUGAGUUCCCUCAUUGAUGGAUUAUGUAAAACAGGGAGAUUCGAAACUGCUUGGGACCUAUUUCAGAAGUUUUGUCUUAAUGGAAACCUGGUGCCAAAUGUUGUAACAUAUACCAUUUUGAUCAAUGGGCUGUGUAAAAAUGGACAACUAGAAAUGGCAAAUGAGUUGUUGUCAUAUAUGGAGGAAAAAGUUAUUCUUUCUAAACUCCUGAAGCUUGGACCACGAUUGAUUGUUUUAGAGCGCUAA